AUGACUGAACAACAGGCCAGGUUAGCUAAUAUUGCUCCAAGAAUUGACUCUCAAAAAUUGUGUGACAACAUAACAACGACAUUUUCAAACAUUGAUCUGGGGAAUUUAAAAGAUAUUGUGUGUCCAACCAUUAGUCCAGAGCAUAAAAAAGCUGAAGUAUCUAAAUUACUUCCGAAGCAAUCACAAGAACAAAUUGUAGGUAUUCCAGCAGCAAAAGAAGAAAAGUCUCCAAUUAUAUGUAGAGACUUAAAAGGCCCAAGUCCUAAAAAAUCAACUACUUACCAAAUGACUCAACUAUCAUCAAAUUACAUAGGAAUUAAAUUGCAAGAAGACAAAGGAAUGUACGAAUAUAGAGUUGAUUUCAAUCCUCCAAUUGAUGACAAAUCUGCCAGGGUUUUUUUGAUAAAUGAACAUAAAGAUUUAUUACCUGUAAGAAUAUUUGAUGGAACAUUACUUUAUGUACCAAAAAUGCUACCGCAAAAUGUAACGACAUUAGUAGGACAAUUAAGAGAUGAAUCUGUGACUUUAACAAUAACUUAUAAGUGUAAAAAUACUUUGAGUGAGUGUAUGCAUUUUUAUAAUGUUUUUUUACGUUCAAUAAUGAAGAUGCUUGGUCUAGUAGAAUUUGGUAGAAGUUGUUAUGAUCAAUAUAAAAGGAUUCUUAUUCCUGAAUUCAAACUUGAAGUUUGGCCAGGAUUUAUAACUUCUAUUGACGAGUUUGAAAACGGUCUCUAUAUGUGUGCAGAUGUAACACACAGGGUUUUACGGGUAGAACCUGUUAUUCAAAUAAUGAUGGAAAUUAUGAUGAAUUCAAAAAACAACAAUAAAGAUGGCAAACAAGAAAUUAUGGCUGCAUUAUGUGGUUCUACAGUAAUUACACAUUAUACUCGUAAAACAUACAGAAUUGAUGAUAUAGACUUUACAAUGAAUCCUCUAUCAACUUUUGUCCGAAAUGAUUCUGAAGUGUCAUAUAAAGAUUAUUAUAAAACAACAUAUAAUAUUGAAAUAUUGGAUCUAAUGCAGCCUAUGAUCAUAACAAAAUCAAAAAAAAAAAACAUCAAAAUCAUUUUUAAUUUACAGGAUUCAGAUAUUUGUUGCUUAGUUCCUGAACUUUGUUAUUUAACUGGGCUUACUGAAGCAAUGAAAACAAAUUGGAAAUUGAUGAAGGUGCUUCAAACCCUUACUUUGGUUACACCAGAAGUGCGGCAAAAUGCUAUAAUUGAAUUGGUUAAUCGUAUAAAUGCUCACGAAGGGGCUAGCAAGAAAUGUAAAGAAUGGGGUCUUAUGAUGAGUCCAAUCCCUGUCAAAAUAGAAGGCCCUGUUUAUAAAAAAGAAAUUAUAGAGUUGGGAAAUGGCAUCAAAAAAACAGUUGGAAUAAACAUGGACUGGGGAAUGGAUGUAGCAAAAAAUGCUAUGUUUGUUUCUGUGAAUUUGUUAAAUUGGGCCAUUAUGUACAAUCCAAAAGAUGAACCAACAGCUAAAUCAUUUUGCAACCAAUUGGCUGCAUGCGGCUAUCAUCUUGGUAUGAAAAUAAAUACCCCAAAAACAAUUAUAGUUCAGGGAUCACAUCCAGAAGUUUUUGUUAGUGCCAUAAACAAUACAGUGAAGAAUAAUUUAGGAAUACAAUUUGUUGUUAUUAUAUUUCCAAAUCAUAGAGAAGACCGAUAUAAUGCUGUCAAACGGAUUUGUUGUUCAGUAAUCGGAAUUCCAUCUCAAAUAAUCAUCUCAAAGACAUUAUGUAAGCCAGAGCGGUUAAAAUCAAUUACUCAGAAGAUUGCUUUACAAAUUAAUUGUAAAUUAGGAGGUGCUUGUUGGUCUAUUUCAAUCCCAUUGAUAAAUACUAUGAUAGUUGGAAUAGAUGCAUAUCAUGAAAAAGGUAAGCAAAUGAGUAGUGUUGUUGGUUUUGUAGCUUCAAUGGACAAGAAUUUUACCCAAUGGUAUUCAGUCGCAGCAAUGCAAAAGAGUACUCAUCAAGAACUUAUGAAAUCGGUUCAAAAUGCUUUCCAUAAAGUGAUGACUCAAUUUAAAGCAAAAAAUGGGUUGUUGCCUGAUAGAAUAAUUAUAUAUAGAGAUGGUGUAUCUGAUGGGGAUUUAAAAUAUGUGGAAGAAAUUGAACUAUCAGAUUUAAUUGAAUCUUUCAAAAACUAUCCAGGAAAUUAUAAUCCUAAAGUUACUUUAAUAAUUGUUCAGAAACGCAUUAACACUAGAGUUUUUAAGUAUGAAGAUGGAAAAUAUUCAAAUCCAUGUUCUGGAACUGUUAUUGAUAAUACUGUAACUAGAAGAAAUUAUUUCGAUUUUUUCUUGGUCUCUCAACAUGUUCGCCAGGGUACUGUUAGUCCUACCCAUUAUAUUGUUCUAAAAAAUGGAUGUAAUUUAAGUGCUGAAAAUCUUCAAAGAUUAUCCUACAAAUUGUGUCACUUGUAUUAUAAUUGGUGUGGUACAGUUAAGGUUCCUGCUCCUGUUCAAUAUGCACAUAAGCUGGCAUACCUUAUAGGGCAAAAUGUUAGACAAAUGCCAAGUGAUGGUUUAUGCAACUCUCUAUUUUACCUUUAAAGAACAAGUACAAUUUUGGACAACCAGGGUGGUCUUUUCCGUUUGACUAUUACCACAGAACAAUACUAUUACUGAAAUGGAACAACAAUAACAAUUAUUUUUAAAUUUUUUAGGUGAUAAUUUCAUUGAUAUUAAACAAAUGAAUUCCACAUUGAUCCAAAAUCGUGAAGUUAAGGUAGAAAAUAAUAUAUAAAAUUAUUAUCAUUGAAUUUCUCCAUCAUAUGGACACUUCUGAAACAAUUACUGCAUUCUUAAACCUAAUCUGCCCAAUUAACAAAUGGCAACCAAAAAAUAAAUAAAGUACCAAUUUCUAUUAAAAGAUUAAAAAAGCUGCACGGAAAAACAAAAAAAAAUUUUUUGUGUCAUAAUGAAUAAUAUAAACAAGAAAUAUCAUACUUUUAUCCAUCAAUAUCACAACUGAAAAACUAGAUAUUCAAAAUCUCCUUAUGAUAUUAUAGAUAACCUUAUAAACUUGUUACACAAUUAAAAUCAGUAGGUUAUAAUAUAUGUCAAGAAAUUCAAAUUUAGGGUUUUUUUAAUGGAUUUA